AUGACUCGGAAACCACCAAACUGUAUUGUUCCUGUUUCGAAAAAUGGAGUGGUGCUGGAACAUCACGAGAGUGCCGGAACGUCAAUGUGUUCAUCAGCUGACAACACAGUCACAAAAUUUACGGAUAAAACGAAACGGAAGAGGUUCGAGAAAGAGGAAAAAGAUACGGGUAUGACGAUAAUGGAUCAUAUAAGAACUUCGUUUGUGGAGCACACACUGACCGUAGAUCAGAUAAGGGAUCUCUACCCAGACUCCUACGUCUUUCCUCAACAUGCUGAGAGAAGUGACGGAUUGCACAGCGAUGAAGCUAAGAAACGCUUAAAAGACGGUGGUCUGAACCAUAUCAAAACCAAAACCGAUCCGAGUUUAUCUCGAUUUUUUCUCGACCAGUUCCACUUCAAAUUCUGGAUCCUUCUGAUCGGAGCCGCCAUUCUUUCUGUGAUGACCUAUUUCAUUCAUAUGGCACGGGGAUACAAUGAGCCCCUGAACAUGUAUUGUGCGAUUAUCCUGAUUGCUGUUGUAAUAUUUAUGUGUAUUUUAUCUUAUUGGCAACAAGCCAAGGCCAAAAAAGUAUUGCAAGAGAAUCGAGAUAUGAUGCCAGCGAUGUCAUAUGUGAUUCGUGAUUGUGAGGAACAGGAAAUCAGAGCUGAUGAGGUGGUGGUCGGAGAUCUCGUGUACUUGAGAGCUGGCUAUAAAAUCCCAGCAGACAUGCGAAUCCUACAAGCCAACUGCCUUAUGAUUGAAAGUGAUAUAACUGGGGAUCGAAUGGCUCGAGAGUUCAAAGCGGAUCCAGUUCCAAUUGGUUCUUCGGUGUUCGACUCUUGCAACGUAGCAUUCAUGGGAUCCUAUUGUACAGAAGGGGAAGGAAUUGGAAUUGUUAUCCGAACUGGAAAGUUCACAGCUAUGGGUGUUCUUGCCGAGCAACAUCAUCACAUUCCACCACCAUCGGGCCGUCUCCAAACUGAACUUCAGAACUUUUCCACUUUCAUUUCAAUCGUUGCGAUUUCAAUGGCUACUGGAGUAUUCUUCAUUGGGUGCUUUGUUGCUAGAUUCGAGAACGUUCUAGACCAUUUUAUUGUUGGCUUCGUAGUAAUUAUCGUAGCAAACGUUCCCCAGGGACUUCCUGCUACUGUAAUGUCACAGUUAAGAAUCAUUGCCAGGAGGAUGGCACAGAAGAAUAUUUUGAUAAAGAAGUUGGAGCUGAUUGAUGAACUUGGAGCAGCUACCGUAAUCUGUGCAGACAAGUCAGGAACGCUUACAAUGAACAAAAUGGUUGUCACAGAUCUUUGGUUCAAUUCUCGUCUUCUAACUGGUUCAGCAGUGGACAUGAAGCAUCCACAUCUUCGUGCUAUGAAAACAUCAAUGAAGAGCCCGGGAAGAUUAGAAGAACCACUUCCCGAAAUAUUGACAGUAAUGUCUGUUUGUAAUAAUGGACAGUUUGAACAUGUUCGAAGAGCAAUGAGACGCGUUUCAACGAUGAGAGCUAUGCAGAAAAGUGCGUCCGAAGCAAUGUUAAGUGCUCAACUGAAGAAGAAAUUUACAAUUGUAGAUACAAGAACCGGACAAAUAUCAGAGGCGGGAGGACAGAAUAGAGAACGAACGAAUCAAAUAUCUCAGUCGGCUGCCGGAGAGCCCGGAAAGAAAGGAGCCAAGGCGAAGAAAAAUGAUAUUUUUGGAGUUCCAAGUGACGUAGCAUUGAUACAAUAUGUAGAACUGAGCGCUAGUGUAGAAGGAAUUAGGCAGAGAUAUCAGACUGUAUGUGAAGUACCAUUUAACUCAACCAGGAGAUGUCAAGUAGUGGUAGCCAAAUGUUUAGCGAGUGACUUCCCCGACACAGCAGAAGCAGUUGAGAAUCCAGGAGAGGGGCAAUCUCGAUUUAUGAUUUUCACUAAAGGAGCUCCAGAAGUGAUUCUAGGAAAAUGUUCAAAAGUGAGGCAUCAUCAUGAACUUCGAACUAUUGAUGAUACCUAUAGGAAGGAGUGUCAGUCAGCAUGGGAGAUGCUGGGAAAUGAAGGCCGACGAGUCAUUGCUUUCGCUCAAAAAAGUUUCAAUGCAGACGAGAAUCAAAGAUUUAAUGGACAAGAAUACAACGGAGAGUUGGUUUUUCUUGGAAUGGCGGCUAUUAUGGAUCCACCAAGACCUGAAACUGCAGCAGCUAUUGAACAGUGUAAAGUGGCAGGAGUCAAAGUGUUCAUGAUCACCGGGGAUCAUCCAACUACCGCUACGGCAAUUGCAAGGCAGAUUGGACUGAUUGGACAUAGCAGUUCGGCCGAUGUUGAAAAGCAACGAAACUCAUGGGCUGUAGUUACCGGUGAUCAAUUGAAGGCAUACAAAAAACAGGAUUGGGAUUUGCUUCUCAAUAAUCGUAAUAUAGUAUUUGCAAGAACCAACACUGAGCAGAAACUAGAAAUCGUUCAAGAAGUACAACGGAGAGGAGAGACAGUAGCAGUAACUGGAGGAGGUGUGGAUGAUGCUCCAGCCCUGGCUCAUGCUAAUGUUGGAAUUGCGAUGGGACAAACUGGUAGUGACAUAGCGAAGCAAACUGCCGAUAUUGUUCUUCUAGACGAUAAUUUUGCCUCGAUUGUGAUGGGCAUUGAGGAGGGAAGACUUCUAUUCGACAACCUGAGACUAUCCUUAGCUUAUACCUUUGCUCACUUAUGGCCAGAAGUAUUCCCUAUCAUGAUGUCAUUUAUGCUUGGUCUUCCCCAUGGACUCUCUCCUCUACAGAUUCUAUCAGUUGACCUGGCUUCUGAAAUGCCACCUGCCAUCUCCCUAGCCUAUGAACAACCUGAAAAUGAUAUAAUGCAUACUCCACCAAGAUCUAGAACAGCAAGACUUUUGUCCAAAAGCCUUCUUGUUUAUGCCUACAUCCUCGCGGGCUUUGGAAUAACCAUUGGAUGUAUCGCAGCGUAUUUCAGUGUCUAUUGCUACCAUAACAUUCCCAUCAGUGACAUUUUGUUCACUGCCGAACAUCAUUGGAAAAUCGGCGCCAAGAAUUUCACAACUAGUAAUGGACUGACUUUUGAUGAGCAGCAACAGUUGUUUAUCAAAGGACAGGCGGCAGCAGCAUGGCAAAUCACUUUGGUUAUGUCUCAAGUCUUCCAUUUGUACAAUUGCACCACGAGAAGAGUUUCCGUUUUCCGACAUGGUCUCACUAAUAUUGUCAGCGUUUUUGCGGUUAUCAUUGAGUUGAAUUAUUCGCAGGUUCUCCUUCUGUUCAUGUUCGUCUACACUCCCGUCUUCCAAUACAUUAUGGAUAUCCAUACUCCACCUGCCCAUGUCUGGGCAAUUGCUCCAAUCGUCGGUCUCUAUUUGUUGGCUUUCAACGAGAUGCGUAAAUAUUUUAUUCGAAACUUCCCCAAGAACAAGUUGGUUCGUUUAAUUAAAUGGUGA